AUGAGCGGCACAAACGGCAUGAGCGAAUUCGCGCAGCACACGAAAAGUUUAUUUACCGACCGGGACGACGACGGUCCAGACACGGACCGGGACGAUGACGGAGCAGACACAGACUGUUCAUUUACCGACCGGGACGACGACGGAGCAGACACAGACUGUUCAUUUACCGACCGGGACGACGACGGUCCAGACACGGACCGGGACGAGGACGGAGCAGACACAGACUGUUCAUUUACCGACCGGGACGACGACGGUCCAGACGCGGACCGGGACGAGGACGGAGCAGACACAGCCUGUUCAUUUACCGACCGGGACGACGACGGUCCACACACGGACCGGGACGACGACGGAGCAGACACAGACUGUUCAUUUACCGACCGGGACGGUCUGGUCCGGGCUAUGCGAGUGACGGUCUGGUUGUGA